AAAAGUGGAUGAGAUGCCACUUCGCACCCCACCUCCAUCAUCGUCUUCCUCCUCCAACUUUCAUCUCUCAAACCAAACAAACACAAAUAAGCUCGGGAGGAAGAAGCCUCGGGCGGCCGUAACAAUGCCGCUCUGCAGCUUCUACGCCUCCACCUCCCUCCCCGUCGCCAAGCCCCACCACUCCACCAAGCCCUCUCCCGCCGCCGCCGCCGCCGCCGCCGCGACCACCGUGCCAACGAUGACAGCGGGGGAGGCGGCGCUGACGCCGCUGCACCUACCGGAGCUCCCUUCUCACACCCGGGACAAGAUCCUGAGCCUGGAGCUCAUGGGCGUGGACUACGGCCGCGCCCUAACCCUCAACCCGUCCCUCCGCGACGCGUCCCCGGAGUCCAUCCACUCCAUCGUCACCUUCCUCCAAACCCGCGGCGGGCUCCAGUUCAAGGAUCUGGGCCGCGUCUUCGGCAUGUGCCCCUCGAUCCUCACCUCCUCCGUGCGCCACGACCUGGCCCCGGUGCUCGCCUUCCUCACCACCGGCCUCGGCGUCCCCGAAUCCGCCUACCGCCGCGUGCUCGUCAAGUGCCCGCGCGUGCUGGCCUGCAGCGUGCGCGACCAGCUGACCCCGGCGCUCCUCUACCUCCGCCGCCUGGGCUUCCGCGACGCGCGCGCGCUGGCGUUCCAGGACCCGGUGCUGCUGGUGUCCAGCGUGGAGCGCACCAUGGCGCCCAAGCUCGAGUUCCUCCGGGACGGGCUCGGGAUGCCGAGGGAGGACGCCGUGGCCAUGGUGGUCCGCUGCCCCGCGCUGUUCACGUUUAACGUGGAGAGGAACUUCAAGCCCAAGUUCAAGUACCUUGUGGAGGAGAUGGGCGGCGGGGUGGAGGACGUCAAGGCGUUCCCCCAGUACUUUACCUUUAGCUUGGAGAAGCGGAUCGCGCCCAGGCAUCGUGCCGCGGUUGAGGCUGGCGUCGUGCUGCCGCUGCCGGACAUGCUCAAGGCCACCGACGACGAGUUCACGGAGAUGAUCGCCAAGGAGUCGGAGCGGAUCAUUAGCGGAGCUAGCGAGCUCUAGCGUAUGACGAAAUACGAAUUGAUGAUCACGUAGGUGGGUUAGGUACGCCCUGAUGCUCUGGUUUGAGUGUGUGUUUAAGUAACCACGGUGCACGCCGAUGGAUGUUCAUUUCAUUUGAUUAGAUUGUGUACAUAAAAAAGUGUUGGCAUCUGGUGCCACGCCUCGUGACUCACACGUACUGUCAGGUGAUUAUUCUUUCAUAUGCGGCGUGUGUAUAGUGCAUAGUAGUGUUUAGGAAACAUGUUGGGGCUGUAAAUAAGUCAUAUGGAAUAAAAGCUCAGUCAAGACGAACCCUGUCACUUUGUAAUUACUAUCAAGAAGUGCAAAUAACCUUCGGCUAUUAUGGCCGGUUGUUUCCC